AUGGCUGAUACGUUACGUGAGGACACCACCGUCACUAAGCAACAGCCCAAAGGUGGUAUACGGUACACUUCGACCAGCCUCUACACAAGGUUAAUGACUGCAAUAUACAUACGAGCCGGCAGCCGACGUAGGCUGGGCGGCAGUGAGGCGUGUCGCAGCGGGGCAGCCGGCCUCGACCUCCGACCCCGCGGGGGCCUAGACCCGCUGACCGGCUGCCCGCUGCCAAACCUCAUUCCUGCUCGUCCCUCCGCUGGCGGAGUACCAGCUCUGCAAGCACUGCAACCAGCCUGCUGCGCCCCGUGGAGCGUCCCUGGCCACCAGAGCGUGCACACGACGCCGCCGCCGCCGCCGCCGCCGCCGCCGCCGCCCCGCGGCACGCCCCCGCGCGGCCUUCACGCCCUCGUGGGCAACCGGGACGCACCGGCACCACUUUGCGGGAGUCGUGCUUGCCCCGUAGCUCAUCGGGCGGUCAGCGCUUAG